AUGGUACGUGAAACGGGCUCAGCACCGAAUCAGGCCGACACUGUCACAUUCUGGCGCGGCCUGUGGUCAGAGCCCGUAAACCACAGCGAGGGCCCUAGGACGGAAGUUGUGGCAGUCCGCACGACGUAUUUCAAACGGUUAAGAGUUUGCAGGAUGUCAAGUUCCUCAGUGAAUGUCAAGUUUCGCUGGGGCCUUACAACCUCGGAUCCUGAACAGCAACCAGUCCUAUUUGUAGGCCAAGCUUCACAUCUCAACACAUUGACAUGGCAGGAUGUCCGUUGCAAACUCGAACCCAGAGUCACAGAAGAGGUUUGGAAGCGCGGUCUCAGCGUAGUGACAGCAGCGGAAGCGUGCGAAUUAUGGCCUCGUGGUGCUUCUCUAGCGGCGUUGCCAGCUCGCCGAUCGCGUCAUGCAGCGCCUUCUAGGGCGCACGCCCUCUCCAAGAUUGUACGCGCCGCCCAACGAACUUCUGCCGCUGAAGAGUACAUUGUGCUGGUGUGCCGCAAGCGCGACGUGCUAGCAAGCGCCGUGGGCAUAGCGCGCGCGGUGCCGCAGUACAGCGCGCGCUCGGCCUGCGCGCCGCUCGGGACUCCGCCCUCGCCUCAGCCGCCACCACACCGGGAUCUCAACGUCGAGAUCCUACUCGUCGCCGAUGAGAAGCGCGAAGGUGACUCAGACGACGAAGGUGUAGGUCCCUUGGAGCCCGUUCUUAUGGAGCAGACUUUGACGGACGAGGAGUUGGGUACCGUACAGCGGAUAGCCGACAUGACUCGGCUGGCCGCACGAAUAACUGACACGCCCGCUAAUAUCAUGCACGUACAGGCCUUCAUCGAGGAAGCCUGUAAACUAGCGAAGGAGCUAGAUAUCCCAGAACCUACCAUAAUCCAGGGGGAGGAGCUCCGUGAAAGGGGUAUGGGAGGAAUAUACGGCGUUGGCAAGGCAGCCUCGAGACCUCCAGCCUUAGUUUCCUUGUCCUACAAAGCUCCUGGGGCCACCCAAUCGGUCGCCUGGGUCGGCAAAGGCAUUGUCUAUGAUACAGGCGGCCUCAGCAUUAAGGCUAGGAGCUCGAUGGUGGGCAUGAAGGGUGACUGUGGGGGCGCUGCGGCGGUGCUUGGUGCCUUCGCAGCUAUGGUACGCGAGCGACCCACCGUGGAUCUGCACGCUGUACUCUGUCUAGCGGAGAACGCCGUCGGACCUGAUUCCACCAGGCCGGAUGACAUCCAUCAGUUAUACUCAGGACGUACUGUGGAAAUCAACAACACUGAUGCAGAGGGGCGUCUGGUGUUGAGCGACGGUGUGGUGUACGCUCAAAGGGACCUUAAAGCGGACACCAUUGUGGACAUUGCUACGUUGACCGGUGCACAGGGCACGGCGACGGGCAAGUACCACGCGGGCGUGCUGUCCAACUGCGCGGCGCUGGAGCGGCGCUGCGUCCGCGCCGGCCUGCGCAGCGGCGAGCUGGCGCACGCGCUGCCCUUCGCGCCCGAGCUGCACUUCACCGAGUUCUCUAGCGUCGUUGCCGACAUGAAGAACAGCGUCGCGGACCGCAACAACGCUCAGCCGUCGUGUGCUGGGCUGUUCAUCCUGGCGCACUUGGGAUUCGACUUCCGAGGAGCCUGGCUGCAUAUAGACAUGGCCGCUCCCGCGCACUCGGGUGAACGAGCUACUGGAUACGGUGUUGCCUUACUCAACGUGUUGUUUGGUGCCCACACCAACAGCCGCUUGCUUCGUGCCCUAGCUCCGGGAGCCCUCAACGACUGA